GCUUUCCUGAGCCCUACUACACGCCCGCCCGCCGCCUCCACCGUCUCCGCUCGCCGCGCGCUCCCGCCGCCGCGCAGCUCAUCUUCCCCUAGGCUUCUUCCCUUCCGGCGGGGCCAUCCAGAUUACUGGGUCCUCUCUGUCCAGAAGGCCUCGCCUCGCCUCGCCGGUGACAGCCAUGGGGGAACCGAGCAAGGAGCUCCUGGACCUCCCCUCCGAGCCCAAGCCGCCAUCCCUCAUCGAGUCGAUUCUCGUGGGGAGGAGAGAACAGCAGCAGCACAAGGAGGGGAAGCGCAAGGCGGGGCCUCCCACCGAUCCACUCCCCAAGAGCCAAGUUCUAGGAAGAGUGAAAGAUUUCUUGGGAGAGAUGGCAAAGGCGAACGAGAAAUUGCAUCUCGAUGUAAAAAAUAAGCGUCCUGAAGAGUAUGAUAUCGAAGCGCUUACAGGGAACGAGAAGGAAUAUAUUGAGAUGGAUUUGCUUCUUGGUGUAGCUGAUUUGCAUUCAGAGAAAGCUGUAGAAGUAGCUGAAGCAACAAUGAACGGCUUCCCACCUUCAGGAAGGUCAUUCGCUUGCAGCUCAUCUGACUCUGAAGAUGAUAGUGAUGGUAGUGACGAAGACAGCGGUGAUGAAACAAACAUGUCUAGCAAAGAUGCGGAUGAACCGGAGGCUCAAGCAUCAAAAGGAAAGAAGCCCAAUAAACGGCAGAAGAUCGUUGUUCUUAACUAGGAUCCUUGUCAUCUUUGACAAACCAAGGGGAGGGAGUUGUGCUAGUAUUUCAGAAAGGUUGUGCUACAGAAUGGGACUGAGACUACCAGGGCAGCUUGAAGAACAGACAUCAAGAUAUCAGAAUUACCUACUGUAUUUUGUUGUAGAAUGCUGAGGUUAGCUAGGAUUAUUUGUUUUCGUCAGGGCCAAAUGAUGGCAUGUCAAGGCCCUACUUGGGGAAUACACUGCGCAGCAGUAUUGCCAGUUCUGAUCUAUACGACUAUACGUGUCCCUUUAGUUCCUUGGAGCCGAGUUAUUGAUUUUGUUUCAUAUACAUUGAAAUCAAUGUUCACGAAUACUCAUGUAUUCGUUUAAUUGUCUGAUA